GAAUCCACCCUCUAUAUAUAGAUAUAUAGAUAUAAUUAUAUAUAUGUAUAUAUAUAAAAUACCACUCAAUCAUUUCCCAUAUCGUUCUUCCUUUCACAGAUAUAUAUACACAGAGGUUCAUCACGUUCCGAAAUCAAUCUCAUCAAUAUACAAAUUUAAAACACUUGAGAGAACUGAGAUUUGCUAUUCAAUUCUAAUAAUGGGUGACGCGGAUCGAUCCUCCUCUCAUGAUGUUUCUCCAGAUUCUACAGAGCAAACCAAUCAAGCUUCCAAGAUUAAAUUUUCUGAAGAAGAGGAAAUCCUUAUUGCCAUGGUGUAUAAUCUGGUUGGUGAGAGGUGGUCUUUGAUUGCUGGAAGAAUUCCUGGAAGAACAGCAGAGGAAAUAGAAAAGUAUUGGACUUCAAGAUACUCAUCAACCAGCGAAUAAUAAUAAUGAAAGUGCAAAAGAAUGAACAUUUAAUGGUUGAUUUCCACUCAUAUGAAGAAAGUAAUUUUGGGUGCCUCCGAUCCAAGUUGAUACAAUGAAUUUUGUGGAAUAUAUAAAACAAAAAUUAAAGUUGGUCAUAUUAUUAUGAUGGCCAAGUUGUAGGAGCAUUUUACCAUAUAUUAUAUAACCAAAAGGAGCAUGGCAUUUUAAAAGCUCCUAUGCACGUUGUAAUUUUAUUUCUCAUGUUGUAAUAUGUAAUGUUUCUUGGUAUUUUAGAAUUGAAAUAUAAUAUUUAGUUUUUUCAUGCAGAACAAUUGGUCGAAAACAUUAUCUAUACAUAUAUUUUAUUGUAUUUGGUGCAUGCAGGCCACCCAUUUGUCUUUCUUAUUA